AUGUCAAGCUUAGUAACAAACAGGUCGAUCACAUAUAUCAACAAUAAGAGCCCUUUGAUCAUCACCGGUGAAGAAAUCGAUUUGGACACUGUUUACUCUGAAAAUGAAGUUGUUGUCGAAAUCCACGCCGCAGCGUUAAAUCCAGUCGACUAUAUGCUUUACAAAUUUGCUUUCCCCUUGCUUGUGAACAAGCAGCCUAAGAAGCUGUGUAUGGAUUUCAGUGGUGUCAUUGUCAGAAGAGGCGAGAAAGUCAAGGAAUUUAAAAGUGGCGACAAGAUCACUGGGAAAUACUGGCACGUUUUCGGGAAACAGGGCACUCUGAGCAACUACUUGGUGCUGGAUCCGGAAAAAGUCGCUACAGUAGCACCAAGUGUCUCUUUCGGAGAGCAAGGUGGAGAGGAGUACGACGAUUUUGUUUUAAACGCAGCUUGGCCGCUUGUAUUUGGCACUGCACUCCAGGGGCUAACGCACUCCUGUCAAAAGUUAGGGCCCGACAGCAGAAUACUCAUAAUAGGAGCAUCUACAGCCGUGGGAAAUUGUGCAGUGCAAAUUGCUAAAAAUUACCUGAAAGUCGGGACUGUGGCCGGUGUAUGUUCAAAAGAUUCAAUCGAAUACAAUCGGGCCUUUGGAUUCGACCAUUUGAUCCCCUACGAUGAUGGCGAUCUGGUCAAGACCACCAAAGCUCUCAUUUCUGAUGAAUGGGGCGGUGGAAAGUGCGAUCUAAUCUUUGAUUGUGUCGGCAAUAGCUGUUUCUUCCCGCACAUCAACGAUGUUUUGAAGCCUCAGAGCGCCAAUUCUUACUAUGUCACGAUCGUGGGGGACAGGAAGAUAGUCUAUAAGGCGCCCAAAAUCUCGAACUUUUUUCCUGUUUGGGAAUCUCUUCGAAGACAUGGACCUUACAAGAAAUACAACUACGCUAAUAUUCAUUCGGGCGGCUCAAGGGAAGCCAUCGACUUGGGCAACCAGCUGAUCUCUCGCCAGGAGUUUGUCCCUCAGAUAGACUCUGUAUGGGAAUUUGACGACUACCAGCGUGCCUUUGACAAAUUGAUUUCCAAUCGCGCAAAAGGCAAAAUUGUUAUCAAAGUGAGAUGA